AUGCGGACCAGCGACUCGCGCCACCUCCUUCCCAUAAACACCAUGCUCUUCUCUGGCGAACUAACACCCUCACCAAAACGCAAAUCUGUGUAUCUGGCGAAUCAGACACUUGCCAACUUGCAAGACGCCCAAGAUGAGACAAUCACAGCGCUGCCUCAGCAUCCUGGCUCACAUCCUGGUUUUGAUGAGAUAGAGGAAGAGCAAGUGCUAGUCAAGGAGUCAUUUUGGGGAAAGCUGGCGGCGAAGAGUAGACGGUGGAUGUGCUUUGGGACUCAGCAGAAGAAGAAAGAGAUGAUGAAAAGCCCCGGGGAGAUGGAAAAAGUCAAGCUUGUCAUUGGAGAGCCGACGGAGUUCAGGCAUGUGGGGACUGCGGCACCGGUGGCACGUAGGCGUAGCCAAGGAGUGCAGUUGGUGGAUGGAGAUAGUGAUUGGGAGGACCUUGAGUAG